AUGACGAUCAACAAACUUCUCACCCUAGUCCGCCGUUCAAAUCGGCGGACUCCCAUCCUCUCCUCCAUCCGAUCCGUCUCCCUCUCCACCUCCGCCGCCGCACCUGUCACCCGCUCUCCACCCUCCCCUCCUCCCUCACCUCCACCCCCCAACGUAAUGGUCUACGAUAGGUUAGCCGAAUCGGUCAAAGCCAAACUCAAACGAUUAGAAAAUCCAGAUCCGCGUUUCCUCAAAUACGGUUCACCCAAACCUGAAAUCCGCGACCAUACGCAAAUCCUCUCCGCUCCGGAAACACGCGUGACGACUCUCCCUAAUGGACUCCGUGUCGCCACGGAAUCUAAUCUUAGUGGAAGAACAGCGACGGUUGGUGUUUGGAUCGAUGCGGGAUCUAGAUUCGAGACGGAGGAGACUAACGGAACGGCUCAUUUUUUGGAGCAUAUGAUUUUCAAGGGGACGGAGAGACGGAACGCGAGGGAACUAGAAGAGGAGAUCGAGAAUAUGGGCGGGCAUCUUAAUGCGUAUACCUCGAGGGAGCAGACCACUUAUUAUGCUAAGGUUUCACAAAAUGAUGUUCCUGUUGCGCUUGAUAUUCUGGCUGAUAUUCUUCAGAAUUCAAAAUUUGAUGAGAAUCGGAUUAGUCGAGAGCGUGAUGUUAUUCUUAGGGAAAUGGAAGAGGUUGAGGGUCAAACAGAAGAAGUGAUCUUUGAUCACUUACACGCAACUGCUUUCCAGUAUACGCCCCUUGGCAGAACCAUUUUGGGACCUGCUCAGAACAUUAAGACAAUCACCAAAGCUCAUCUGCAGGACUACAUUCAGACACAUUACACUGCUCCUAGGAUGGUGAUAGCUGCCUCUGGAGCUGUAAAACACGAAGAUUUUGUUGAGCAAGUGAAAAAAUUAUUUACUAAGUUGUCAACAAAUCCCACCACAGCAUCUCAGUUGGUAGAAAAAGAGCCAGCAGUUUUUACUGGUUCUGAGGUCCGUAUGCUUGAUGAUGAUAUUCCACUUGCACAAUUUGCUGUAGCUUUUGAAGGCGCAUCUUGGAAAGAUCCAGAUUCAAUUGCUUUGAUGGUCAUGCAAGCAAUGUUGGGUUCUUGGAACAAGUCAGCCGGAGGUGGAAAACACAUGGGUUCAGAGCUAGCACAACGAAUUGGCAUUAAUGAAAUUGCAGAAAGCACAAUGGCUUUUAACACCAAUUACAAGGACACAGGUCUUUUUGGUGUUUAUGCUGUUGCUAAGCCGGAUUGCCUGGAUGAUUUGGCCUAUGCAAUAAUGUACAAUACAACCAAGUUGGCUUAUCAGGUUUCAGAGGAUGAUGUUACACGUGCUCGUAAUCAGUUAAAAUCUUCGCUUCUGCUUCACAUUGAUGGAACAAGCCCUGUAGCUGAAGAUAUUGGUCGCCAGCUACUCACAUAUGGUCGAAGAAUCCCAUUUGCUGAAUUGUUUGCCAGAAUUGACGCCGUUGAUGCCAGUACUAUUAAACGUGUUGCAAACCGAUUUAUUUAUGACAAGGAUGUUGCUAUUGCUGCCAUGGGACCUAUUCAGCGAUUACCUGAUUACAACUGGUUCAGACGCAGAACCUACUGGAACCGAUAUUAG